AUGCUCUCGACAUUGACCAACCAGUCUCGUGCAGUGGUGUUGCGCGGCGCGCACUCUCAGCGCCAGAUUGUGGCGUACGGGUCGUACAACGCUCAGCGCGCCUUUUCGUGGUCAUCUGCCAGGCAUAAACAGCGUCUGGUCAUCCUAGGUUCGGGAUGGGGAGGAUACGGACUGCUGCGGGGGAUUGACAAGAAUCGAUGGGACGUCAUUGUUAUAUCACCUAACACGUACUUCAACUUUACGCCGCUCCUGGCGAGCUGUGCCGUUGGAACUCUGGAGUUUCGAUGUGCUGUAGAACCAGUUCGACGCUACUCCCCGGAAGUGGCUUGGUGUGAUGAUAUUGACUUCAAACGGAAGACCUUGACAUGCAUGCCGGCCACACGACCACCAAAAUCUCAACCGACAGAUGCAACAGGAGACGAAGUCGCGCGUGCUGAAGCGAGUGCGGACAGGGCAUUCACUGUGGGGUAUGAUAAAUUAGUCAUUGCAGUCGGAGCAUACUCGCAGACUUUCAAUGUCCCCGGUGUGAAGGAGAACGCACACUUUUUGAAAGACGUCAGGGAUGCACGGAGGAUACGAAGCAGGAUUCUCGAAUGUUUCGAGCAGGCCAAUCAGCCAACGAUGUCGGACAUUGAGCGGAUAAAUCUCUUGAAUUUCUGCAUCGUUGGUGGAGGUCCCACUGGCGUCGAAUUCGCUGCCGAACUUCACGACCUGCUACACACUGAUAUCGCGAGACAUUACCCUAGGACAUUGGUUCGGUUGGCCAAAAUUACGCUUUACGAUGUCGCACCGAAUAUUUUAGGAUCUUUUGAUCAAUCACUUCGCAAAUACACUGAGAAGACACUCUCCCGUGAAGGUGUUAACAUCCUCACGUCGCACCACGUCGAGAGGGUAGAACCUGGCAAGAUGAUCGUGAAGGAGAAGGGCGAAGUUCCCUUCGGACUCCUCGUUUGGAGUACUGGCCUUGCGCCCAACCCGUUAAUUAAGGCGAUUACAAGUGUGCAGAAGGACCCGAAAACGUCCAGUCUUAUCACGAAUGAUCAUCUGAAUGUGAUCAUGGAAAACGGAGAACCGAACCCCGAUGUUUGGACAAUUGGUGAUGCUGGCACCGUUGUCGACGCCCCGCUGCCCGCCACAGCUCAAGGUAUUUCGUUAGGCGCCUGGCGGUCCUUAGUCGCAAGUCAAAAGGCCAAGUAUAUGGUCAAGAAAUUGAACAAGCUCGCUAAAGACCGAGAACACAAUGUGCCCUUUACUUUCCACAACCAAGGAAGUCUGGCGAAAGCGAUCUAUGAGAAGCCUAGUGGUCCGGCAGCGGAAACCAAGGAAGGAUUGCAGGGAAGGUCGGCUUGGCUCUUGUGGCGGUCUGCCUACUUCACCAUGACGCUAAGUUGGAGAAACAAGUUCUUGAAUUUCACUGACGCAACGCCCCCAGGGAUAUUCGGACGCGAUCUUACGAGGUUCUAG